CACGCCGGCACGGUCUCACGGGGCACGCUGCUCUCGCGGGCUAGUGCCUGGCCAGACGACUUGGGCACGACCCUGGUGAGGGCUGGCGCGCAUGAGCUAGCGCGGCGCACCGAACUGAAACAGCUGGGUGUCGGAGGCGGGGUGCCGAAGGUCCCAGACAAGGAGGCCAUGCGCACGGUGGCCAUGGAAUUCAAGCUGAGGAAGGACCUGAUUGACGUACGCGUGCUGCAGCAGAAGGAGGCUGUUCCCCUGCCUGGCGGAGCUGUGCGGCGCAUCCACGCCAUGUGCACCGACAAGGGCGUGCUAGCCGAUUUCUCCGACGCCUGCGCGGGCGACCCGAACUUCACGAAGGUCGAGCUAGCCACGAGGUGCUUAACCCGCACUGUGGUUGCGAUCUACGUGAAGGGACCGAAGGUGCAGACAUCUCUCCCCGCGAGGGCACCCUUACUUGGCAGCCGACUGAAAGCAUUCAAGCCAGACGAUCGCGAAGCAGACGCAGUACAUCGAGAUCUACAUCGCGAGUGUGAAAGCUUCGGCGACAAGCCUUCGGACAUCACCACGGCUCAGUGGGGCGCUCUAAGAAAACUCCACCUGAACCAGAGUCAUCCAUCGGCUCGCGCUCUGAAGCGACUCCUGAAGUCCUACGGGGUGUCGCAGAGGGUGCUCGACGUGGUGGAUAAGCCGGAGUGCGUCGUGUGCAAGCAGCUCGGCAGGCCCAACGCUGCGAAGUCGGCCAACCUGAUGCUCUCGACAGAGCUCAGCGAGAACGUGUUUCUGGACGAAGCCGAGGUGCUUUACUACGUCGCCGCGAAGGGCCGCGUCGCGCAGCACUUCGCGGAUAUCGGCGCGAAGUGCAACAUCCUGAUGAGCACGUGCAACAAUCGCAUCCGGCGGAGCGGUUCCACGCCCUACCAAUGCGUGCUGGGACGAUCGCCCAACGUCCCGGCCUCGCUGAUCGAGGCGAUGGAGGGCGACCAGAGGCAAUUGGCAGCGCAGAGCGCAGCCCUCGUCGAGCUGGUGUUCUACUGGCGGGAGGUGAAGCACGUGACGUCGAAGCGGCUCCAGGGCGAGCACGGGUGGCGCGGCCUGGCCAUGGUGCUGGCGGCCGAGGGCCGCGCCGGGCUGCGCCUCAGCUACCGUGCGGUGCCAGUGCUCGUGGCGCCCGAGCAGGACCUCGUCAGGCAGCUGUCGCAGUGGCGCGCAGGGCCUACCCUCCAGAAGGGCUUCGUGGGCGAGCGCGGGCCUGGGCCUCGCGGGGGCGGCGUGCAACGUGCCAGGCGUUGCAAGAGGGGGGACGGCGACUCUGACAACGUGGGCGCCGCGGGCGACGCGCUGGCGGCCGAGUGCUACCCAGAGUAUCACCACUACCUGGUGGUGGACACGACAGGCCAGACGUCAGAGCUGAACCACUGCCUGGAGAUGGACACGACAGGCAAGUCGUCAGAGCUGAACCACUACCUGGAGAUGGACACGACAUGCAAGACGUCAAAGAUGAAGAUACACUUGGAUAUUGACAUGAUAUGCAAGAUGUUACGACUAGCGACCCACCUACACCUGAUGCAGCUGGGCAGGGGCGUGCUACGGACCUCGACGCGGCUGCUGUGCCAAGUGCUUCGCAGCAACGACCUGGGCAAGAGGGGCAGCAAGAACCUGCGUCGCAACCUGGCCUACGAGGGUCUCUCUACAGACGAUCACUUCUUGACGACUUCGAAGCAGAUCGCGAACGACUUCCUGCGCGUCGUGAAGCUCUCAGGCAGAGUCGUCUCCCGAGGAUCGAGGACGACGCCGAGGGGUGCAUUUGCGGCAGGGGGGACUGACGCCGCGAAGAAGCAGGUUGCCCCAAAGAAAGGUCGGAAGCUUCGCAGCAUCCCGCCAGAUUGGCAGACGGCAUUCGAAGCGAGCGACCUGGAGGCAUGGCGAAAAUGGAUUCAGCAAGACGCGGUGGAGUGGCCGGGUGAAGAGGAGCUUGCGGGCGUCGAGAAGGCGGACAUCCUGCCCGUGAGACGCGUCCGCACUGACAAGAAUCAGCCGGCGGGGGGAGGUCUCCCGUGCGGGCAACACCCGCUGAGGGCGAAGUCGCGGAACAUCGUCCCGGGCGACAUGGAUGAGCAGCUGCUCGCGGGCGAGUUGCAGACGAACGCGCCGACGCUCACGGACGCGGCCACGACGGUGAUCAUCCAGGAAGCUGCCAGCAAGCCAGGCUGGUGCCUCGAGCAGGGCGACGUAGAUUCGGCAUUUCUGAACGGGAGAUAUCUCGACAGCUCCAGGCGCGUGUACUUCCGCGUUCCCAUGGGCGGCAUGCCUGCGGUGCCGGAGCGGGGGAAGCUGAUCGCUCUGAUCGGGGCGCGCGUCGACGAAGACCUCGUCGCGGGAUCGCCCAAGUUCUUCGCGAAUCAGGUGGCCAAGCUGAGGAAGGUGCACUGCUGCGGCAAGUUGCGGACGCCGAAGGGGGGCUUCCACCGCUGCGGGCGCGUCCUCAAGCAGAACGACAACGGCGCGAUCACGUGCAGCCAGAAGGAGUGCACGGAUAGCAUCGAUAAGAUUCCCAUCUCGGCUGAGCGUCGGAAGGCAAAGGGCGCGAAGGCCACGGCGGAGGAAAUGGCGAUGCUCCACAGUGGCAACGACCAGAUCCAGUUGCUGGUCCGCUCUACGCAGAUGGACUUGGCGUUCCGGCUGGUGGAAAGCCAGGCUCGGGCUCACGACGGCGACCUGAAGGCGGGCCUGGCCAUCUUGCUCGUGGACAACACGGGCGAUCAUUUCCUGCGCGUGAAGCCUGCCAAGGUUACUCUGACGCUGUGGCGAUCGCAUCGCAUCAAGCGGGUAGUACGGAGUACCCUGGCACCCGAGACGAUGGCAGCGCUGAAGGCGGUCGAGAUUGGCGACAUGCUGAGACAGCACCUGGUGGAGCUUUACCAUGGGCUGGGCUACUGGACCCGCAUGGAUGAUGUAAGGGCGAUCAGGAUGGUGGAGGUCUCUGACUGCAAGUCGCUUCGCGACCCUCUUCAGAAAAGAGGGGCUGUUCCGUUCGAGAAGCGGCUUCUCGUCGACAUCGAGUCGCUCAGGAACGAUGUCGGGUUCAACGGCGUGGACGUCCGUGCGGGCGACUACACGAGGUGUGUGCUCCAGACGGGUGAGUGCAGUUUGACGGAGGACCCCAUGGCAGAGCAGAUCAUUUCCGAGCAUCGGGUGGAGUUGAAGGGUCGCAGGGGCGAGUGCCAUCGCUCGAGGUAUCCUCGUCGACAUCGACCUGCCGACCAGCCUUAUGUUGUGCGGGAAGGCUACGCGUACUUCGAGGACUGCGUCGCGGACCUGAGGUAUAAUGCGCAUCCGGCUCGACUUUCUCCCAAGCACUAUCGCGAUUUCCAUUGGCGGAUGAUGCUGGGCCAGCGCGAGGACGACGUCUAUUGCGGGAAGCUCGAGAAUUUGGUCGACUGGUCAGGGCUGGGCCAGGAGAUCUUCAUGAUGAGCGCCGCAGGUGCUGGGACCGAGGAGAUCGGAGGAGGCGCCGCUGGAGCUGGCACAGCGUUGGUGGUGUUUGCGGUGUUCUGGAUGGUAGCAGGCGAGUGCGAGAGUCAGCCGAGGACUCGCGAGAAGGCCGACCACAACGUCCCCGGUCCCAAUGACGGCGACGAGUCGGUCGAGGUUCCAGGUGAAACCGAGCAGUCCGGAGGAUCGACAUCCAGGAAGAAGACAACGGAAUUGCCGAUGGAUGGGGCUAGCAAGCUACAUGAGCGCUUGAAGCGCGCAUCCUACGUGCAGAUAGAGCAUGACCUUGGCGACGUGCUGGAGGACGAUAUCCUAGAGGCGUGUCAUCUGGUGGCCGCAGGAUGCAGCAAGUGCCGGCGAGCUAGUUGCGACGCGGAGGAGAUCCCGAAGGGCAAGGGCAGCGAGAAAGGAAAAUGCAAGUCACGCAGUACAUGCAGGGUUGACCCCGGCGAAUGUAUACAUCCAGCGGAUCAGCUCACGACUGUCGGCACCAACCAGUGCAAGGAGAAGGUGCGCUGCCGCCUCUGUGACGCACUGCUCGUGGACCGAGACGCGACGUGGUGGUCCGAGGAGAAGGAGCUUCGCGCAGAGGUCAAGGCUAUCCGCCUCGGGAAGCAGAAGCAG